CAAGCUAGUAGCUAAUUAAGCUAAAGCUAGGCUAACUAGCUGUUGUCUGCUGCGGAGGGACAUGUAGCCAGUCAAAACAAAUCAGCCUCAAUGAAGGAUCUUCCAGAGUAAAUAACUGGGUCAUGGAGUUAAGAAAUAUCAAGGACCAGUCUCCAUUGGUCCAAGCUAUAUUCAGCCGAAACACAGAAGAGGUGACGUUAUUGUUGAACCACAACGAAGAUGUCAAUUCACUGGACCAAGAACAAAGUACACCACUUCAUGCUGCUGCUUAUUUGGGUGAUGUCCACAUUAUGGACCUCCUUAUUUCUUCAGGUGCAAAGGUCAACGCGAAGGACCAUGGUUUGCUGACUCCUUUACAUCGAGCAGCUUUCUCACGAAAUGAAAAAGCCGUGGAGCUGCUACUAAAGCACAAAGCAGAGGUCAAUGCACGCGACAAGUUCUGGCAUACGGCUUUGCACAUGGCAGCUGCAAACUGGGCUAUAGGUUGUGCUAAAGCUCUGAUUCCACAUGUUUGCAGCCUGGAUGUUAGUGACAGGUCAGGGAGGACACCACUGCAUCUUGCAGCACACAGCGGCCAUGGAGAGAUGGUUAACCUGCUCCUGAGCAAAGGUGCCAACGUCUGUGCCAAAGAUAAGAAAGAAAGGCAGGCCAUCCACUGGGCUGCAUACCAAGGGCAUACAGAUGUCAUGAAGCUGCUGGUGUCCCACAGCGCUGACAUGACAUGUAAGGACAAACGUGGCUACACUCCGCUCCAUGCAGCAGCAGCCAGUGGACAGUUAGACAUGGUCAGAUAUCUGUUGAGGCUGGGGGUGGAGAUUGACGAUCUCAACACUUUCGGAAACUCUGCGCUCCACAUGGCCUGUCACACUGGGCAGGACACUGUGGCCAAUGAGCUGGUGAAUGGCGGUGCCAACAUCAAUCAGCCCAACCACCAGGGCAACACGCCGCUGCAUCUGGCUGCUGCCUCCUCCUGCGGGGUGCUGUGUCUCGAGCUGCUGAUCAACAAUGGGGCUGAUGUCAACCUGCAGAAUAUUGAGGGGAAGAUCCCUUUGCAUAUGGCUGCCAUGCAUGGACGCUUUACAGGCUCCCAGAUUCUGAUCCAAAAUGGUGGGGAGAUCGACUGUGUGGAUGUGUAUGGAAGCACUCCUCUUCAUGUUGCUGCUAGAUAUGGUCAGGAGCUGUUGAUCAGCACUCUGCUAACAAACGGAGCUGAGAAGUCCAGACAGGGCAUUCAUGGGAUGCUUCCACUACAUUUAGCAGCGCUCUAUGGAUAUCCAGACUGUUGUCGAAAGUUACUGUCUAAUGGUCAGUUUUACCACAUCAUGUCAUCUCAAAUAUCAUCAGUCGGGAUUGAUGUAAACGUCCUGGAUGAUUUCGGGAGGACCUGUCUGCAUGCGGCUGCUUCUGGAGGAAAUGUCGACUGCCUCAACUUGAUCAUAAAUGGUGGCGCUGAACUGGACAUAAAAGAUAAUUUGGGAAGAUCUCCUCUGCACUAUGCUGCAGCCAAUGGGAACAGCCAAUGCACCAUUUCCCUGGUCAGAGCUGGAGCAGAGGUCAAUGAGCUGGACCUGAUGGGCUGCAGUCCUCUGCACUACACUGCUGCUUCACACACCUUCUGUGGUGGAAACCCAAACUCUGAGGUUGACUACAGUUUGGAAAAGGAACAAGAGGCCUCACUGUGUUUAGACUUCUUACUUGAUAAUGGAGCAAAUCCGAUUGUGAAGAACAGUAAGGGUUACAGUGCCGUUCACUAUGCAGCUGCAUAUGGGAACAAACAGCACCUGGAACUGCUCCUGGAGAUUUCGUUCAACUGUCUCGAAGAAGCUGAAAGUAACAUUCCAGUCAGUCCGUUGCACUUAGCUGCAUAUUAUGGUCACCAGGCGGCGCUGCAUUUGCUGUGUGAGACAUUAGUGAGUCUGGAUGUGCGGGACAUUGAAGGCCGAACUGCCCUCCACCUGGCUGCUCGGAGAGGAUUUGCCCCGUGUGUGGAGGUGCUGCUAACACAUCAAGCCUCUUACACACUGAGGGAGCACAAGCGCAAGUGGACGGCUCUCCAUGCUGCAGCUGCUGAGGGCCAGAUGGACUGUCUGCUUUUACUGGUCAAUAGGGAACAAAGUGCUGACAUCAUUGACUGUGCGGAUACACAGGGACAGACGGCUCUCAUGCUGGCAGCUCUGGGACGUCACAUCGACUGUGUCCACAUCCUGUUGGAGAAAGGAGCGAACGCUGAUGCUGCAGACAAAAAGGGCUUCACUGCGUUACACAGAGCUACCAUGUUGGACAGUGAGGACUGUGUAUCUGCUCUGUUGGAACACAAGGCUUCCGCUCUGUGCCGAGACUCUCAGGGAAGGACCCCGCUGCACCUCGCAGCCUCCUGUGGUCACACCGAGCUACUCCGCAGUUUGCUCAAAGCUGCUGUGAAAGCUGACCCUCUGGACUCCAUGCUAGACCACAGAGGCUACACACCCACACACUGGGCUGCCUACCACGGACACGAAGGAUGUUUACACAUUUUACUUGAAAACAAACGUUUAUGCAACCAGGAGAGAAACCUGUUCACGCCGUUGCACUGUGCUCUAGUUAACGGACAUGAAGUUGCUGCUGAACUUCUAGUGAAGACAAAUGGACCUCAAACUGUCCACAUUAGUGAUGCCAAAGGAAGGACACCUCUGCAUGCAGCUGCCUAUUCAGGAAAUGUUGCUGGGCUGCAGGUGGUCCUGGCCCAGGGAGCAGAGGUAAACGCUGUGGACCACAGUGGCUACACUGCUCUGAUGAUUGCUGCUGACCGUGGACAGACUUCGGCUGUGGAAUUCUUGCUGCACAAUGCGAAGCCCGAUCUGACCCUGGUGGAUGUCAAUAAUAACACAGCCCUUCACUUAGCCUGUAGCAAGGGUCAUGAGAUGUGUGCUCUGUUGAUCCUUGGUGAGAUCAGCGACUCUUCGCUCAUAAAUGCAACUAACAGCGCUCUCCAAAUGCCUCUUCACAUUGCAGCACGGAAAGGCCUGGCGACUGUAGUGCAGGUGUUACUGAGCAGAGGAGCAGCAGUCAUGGCUGUAGAUGAGGAAGGCCACACACCAGCUCUGGCCUGUGCCCCAAACAAGAAUGUGGCCGACUGUCUGGCCCUGAUCCUCUCCACCAUGAAGCCUUUCUCUCCCAGUGAGGCCGGCGGUGGCACGGCCUCCCUCUUCAACCCCAUCCUGAAGAACUGUGGGAUUUCCAAUGGAAACCUUUGUCACGCCUAAGCUUAAGACUAGAUGCGCCAGCACGGGUGUGAGACUGAGUGAAAUCUUAACCAUGUGUAGCCUAAAAUCACCCACAUGAAACCACAACAUGCAAGUCUUUAUGAACAAGUGUGGUCAUGUUUAGCUUUUUCUUUCACACAUCAUGACAUUUUUACUUUUGUGUCACAUGUAGCUGCACAUAGACUGUGUGCUCAUGCACCGGUAGAAUAGUCUCCCUCUCUAAAAAUCUAGUCUUACAUAGUACUAAUAAUAGCAGACCUCUUAUGUUGUCUUUUAAUAUUUUACUUGAGUUUAGGGCAUAAAUAUGUUAUUUAAAUGAAGCACUAACCUUUAGAAAUGAAUGGAGGUUUUAACAUGAGCACAGAAUACGAGCCUGUCUACCUGAACCACAGCCACUGUCAGUAUUGCCUUCAUUUCUUACCUCCUUAACCACCAAAGCCUGAAAACUCCACUCUCAUACAGAGCCGACUCAAGAGCUAUUACUUAUUAUGCAUUGCUUCGUAAUAUACUUGUUUUCAAAAAUAUCUAAUCCAGCAGGUGCUAUUAACUUUCCAUGCAAUUAUUAAGAUUCUAUUUUCUUAUUCUUUCCAGAGUGUAGAAGACUGGUAAUAAUAACUGUAUUAUUCUAAUAUUAUCAUGACUUAUGUCUCAUUUCAGUAAUGAUAAGAGUCAUAAACAUCUUACAGUUUAAAAAAAUAUAUAGUUUACUGAGUCUAGUGUAUAUAUUAUUCUUAAAAUGAAGUCAAUCUUUUGUAUAACCUUGAAAUACCCAAAUUAUUGAGAAUGAACCUCAGGUCAGUGUGUACUGUACAGCUGGUGCAAUAAAAAGCACAUCUGGAGCUGGAUGUUGCAUAACAAGUAUAAAGCAGGACUGAUUUUUUUGUUUUAUUCUCUUUUUUUCAAAUUAAGUGCAUAUUGUAAGAAUUGUCAAAUUGCUUGUUUCCUGAUACUAAAACACAGAUAUUUGUAUUGAUUUACAGUGACUCCCUCAUUUUUGAGAAAUGACAGCUAAUUAUCUUUUCAUUUUUCCUUGUCUUGAUGACUCAUUUCUUUCAACACUAGCUGACACUAACUGAAAUCUCAACCAAGAAAAAUUAGCAGUGCUAAUACAUUUUUCUUUGGUUCUUUUCACUUUAUUUUUGGCUUAGUAACCUUGUACAGGAACACACAUUUGCUGCCUCUGUAAAGAUAAAGGUUUUAUAAAUUGAGUUGUGCAUUUAAUGAUAAACUUUUUGAAUUUGCACUCUGAGAUAAAAGUUUACAUUUAAGUGAAGCGUAUCCUCCUAACGUUUAUGCAAUUAUUCUAUAAUACAGUAGAGCACUAUUCGUUGAGUGUGUCCUUCCUUGUUUUAUUUGGAUUAAAGUACUGGGACAAAGGGCAGUUUUACACCUUCACUUGAAUCUUUAGAGUAAAUGUUUGUUUUCAGGAAUUUCUCCGUUUCAGCUUUUCACUGAGCAAACUGUUUGUCUUCCCUAACAUAUUUCUAAGAUUUCAGAGUGCAACUUGACUGCUGUAUGGUUUAGUUGUGGAUGGCAUUCAUAUUAAGAAAAAAUAAAUAAACUUGCUCCUAUAUAAAGCUU